AUGAAUGGGGCUGUAGAAGCAGCCAAUAAGAACAUCAAAAGGAUAUUGAGGAAGAUGAUGGACAACCACAAAGGUUGGCAUGAGAAAUUUCCAUACGCCUUGUUAGGAUACCACACAAUAGCCCCCACUUCAACAAGGGCAACUCCUUACUUGAUUGUUUAUAAUACCGAAGCCGUCAUACCCGCUGAGGUCGAGAUAUCUUCACUCAAAAUCAUUCAAGAGGCGAAGUUCGAUAAUGCAAAAUGGGCUAAAGCUCGAUAUGAACAACUGUCUUUAAUUGAUAGAAAAAGGAUGAUUACUGACGAGUACAAACGGAAGUUCGCCCCUAAUUGGAAAGGCCCCUACGUGGUUCGCAGAGUGCUCUCUGGAGGAGCAAUAGUGCUAGCAGAGAUGGACGGGCAAGAGUGGCCUAGGCCAAUCAACGUAGAUGCAAUCAAGCGGUACUAUGCCUGA